AUGUGGACCGAAUGCAAGAACGAAGAACAUACACGAUUUCGUUCAUGUGCACAAUCGCAGAAUAUUGAUUCCAAUGAUAAUGUAACAAUUGACAAUCCUUUAUCAACUCCUUGUGAAGUGGAAAAGGUGGAAACUGAACGACAAUUUUGUUUCACACCAAAAAAGAAUAAAAAUAAAGAACAAAAGUCAACUAAUUCAAAUCCAUUUAUGAUCGAAGAGGAAAUUAUAGCGAAUUAUUUGAAACGGCCAAAGAAUAAUCUUGAAUCAAUUAGAGUGAUGGAGAUUCUUCUACUUGGCAAUGCAGUCACGGAAUAUCCGUUUAAUUACCGUACUGGUAAACUAAAUCAAUUCGUCGGAUUCGGUAUGCCACGUUCACCGCCACCAACUAAUGGUCCAUUUAUAUACGGUUCUAUAUGGGCAUCAUGGUCAGCAUGGUCAUUCUGCGUGAACAAAGUACGUGUACGUGUACGAGCAUGCAACACAGUUCGAGGAUUUUCCUGUCUUGGUAAAAAACAGGAAUUUAUGGAGUGUGACUUGGAUUACGUGCAACCGGCGGUGCAUGAAUCCGAUUAUGCAGCUGUGGACCCGUGGGAGGAGGACCGAAAGGAAGCUAUGAAGCAACUUUACUCUCAGCAGUAUUUGCCAGAUGAGUUAGAAAAGAACAAUUCAGGGAAAAACAAAAUAAAAUUUGCUCCGCAUGGAUCGGAGAUUCGUCGACGUGAACGAAUGCGAAUGGCGACAAAGGGAGUUGAUGGCGACCAGACCGGAUCACAUAAACGAACAGGAAAUGAGGAACAAACAACUUCAAUAUUGAAUACAGAAAAUUCCAACGCUAAGCAAAGAGGACAAUCAUUACUAUCGUCACCGCUUGCGGAAAUUACCACGCGUGCACCGUUCCUAACCGAUGCCAAACUAGAACGAAGUAAUCAACAGCAACAAGUUCCUUCAUCUAUCGAUCAAACACCGGUGCACUCGGUGAGACAGUCUCCUGUGGCAUCAGAAUCAUCACUCUUACAAUCAGUUCAUCAUGCACCUCAAGUUUCUCUUUUACCUCAGUCGAGUCCACCACAAUCACCAGAUAAACCUGAGCAAGUCGAACGAUCGGUGCUUUUUACAGCAACAGAAAGAAUUUUAAUCGAUCAAACAGAAGAUCAGGUAGUUUCUUCGAAAGGACAAGAAGUGGUUGUCCCUGCACCUCCAAAAAUUUUGGUAUGGAUGCCACCUGGCAUCACUACUUGGGUCGCACAAGAGACCUCUAACAAUAAUACUAAAUUUCCUGACUUCAGUACAACAACUCCCAAUAUUUAUAUGCUGAAUCUUAUUGCGUCUGAAUCUUCCGUACCACAAGACAGUAAAAUAGCAACGGGAUCGUCGUCAACCUCACUACCACCGUCAUCACCUACAACACCAACAACGACAAAAAUGCCGGAAAUAGAAGUGAAAAUUCCAUCUGAUUAUCAGUCUUCCAUACGAGUACCAGUAGCCAAAGCACUAAUCCCGGUGAACACUUCCGAGAAAACUAUAAGAAAUAAUAAGUUUCCCGAUAAAAACUCACAAUUUGUACAUCCGAGAUCGAAUACGACACAGGCAGGAUUUAAAACUUUAGAAGCUCACUCGAGUCCCUUGAAUCAGAAUGAUGGAAUAUUAUUAAAGAAGUUCGAUCAACUUUUAGGAGAAGAUCGACAAGGAGCAUCAUCUUUCGAUAUAUUACCGGAGCAGAACAUCGAAGGCAGUAGCAAUUGGAGGUAUGCUCCACGACUAGAAUCACAGCUAUCAACUUCUGAACCGAAGACGUACGUCGUCGAUCAGUCACGCAUGACACUGCAGGAUGGCGAAGUUGAUUUUAAUAAGGCAAAAGAUAGUGAUAGAGCUGCUGCUGAUAAAGCAUUGGAUUUACUAUUGAAAGCAAUUUCCUCUGAUGAUAUCGAUGAACCGAACAAGAAAUUAUUGCCCAAUAAGAAUUCAUAUUUUGAUCAGCCAAGCAGUAAGGAAACAGAAUUGGAUGAAAUGAGAGAAAAAGUGGAAAGUCUAGAAAAAGCUAUGAAAGCCAUGGAGGAAACAUUAGGCGGAAAUAAUAAGGUUGAAGCGUAUCGAAAAGCGAUGAAUCUAAAUUUAGUACCGAGAGGACCGUCAACAUCAACUUCCUUUCCGACAACAGCGCCAACAGUUAUCGAUCAAUCGAGGAUAUUUUUAGUUGCAAUGAAUGAUAAUGCUACAUCAAAUUGGUCAGAAUGGACCGACUGGCAACGAUGUUUUUGUGGAAAACAAAUUCGAACACGAAUAUGUCAUUAUGAAACGUCAUUUCUUGUAAAAGGAUGCAAGGGCAAAAGUUACGAAUCACGUCCGUGCAAUGAACGUAAUCAUUGCCCGACGACAACACCGUCAUCACCAACUACAAUACUACCCAUUUCAACAAGCAUUGAAUCAAAAUUUAGGCGAUCACCAUUACAUCAGCCGCUUUCUAUUGCUGUUAUGCAAAAAGCAAAUGAUAUAAGAAUGAAAUAUUUUAUAGCUUAG